AUGGCCAUUGAAGGAGACGAAGCAAAUGGAGAAAAAAUAUUUAAGGGCAGGUGUGCUCAAUGCCAUACUAUAACUGCCGGAGGGGGACAUAAACAGGGUCCAAACUUAUACGGAAUUCUUGGUCGCACAGCUGGAACGAUCGCUAGCUAUGAUUACUCCAAGGCUAACAAAGAGUCUGGCGUUGUUUGGUCUGAUCAAACUUUAUUUGAAUACCUGCUAAACCCAAAAAAGUACAUACCGAAAACCAAGAUGAACUUUCCUGGUAUCAAAAGCGAGAAGGAUCGCUCAGAUCUUAUUGCCUAUAUGCGAAAAGUAUCUGCAUAAUACGAAUGAAAAAUUUUUUGAUCUAAAAUAUCGGUCAAUAAGCGUCACUGAAAGAUGUGCAUUUUGAAUAAAUCUUGAAUUGAACGAAUAG